AUGAAUAUUUAUGGUGCUGGAAAAAGUGUAGUUUUAGAUGAUGAUGACCUUCAAAUUUUAGAAACUCCUCCACUACAAGUUAAUCAAUCUCCAAUAGCCAAUACACAAGAUACCACUACGACACCAAGGGAAAAAAAGAAGAGGGCACUAACAUCUGAUGUGUGGAACCACCUUAUAAAGAUUGGUAUUGGUAUUGAUGGAAAAGAAAAGUGUAAAUGCAAAGGUUGUGGUUCUAUUUUGGGUUGUAAAGCUACCGGUGGAACCACACAUUUAAUUCGUCAUGUUGAUUCUUGUAAGUUUCUUCUUGAGAAACAUGGGAAUGUAGGGGAUAUGCUUCUUGAUAUGGAAGGAAAAUUUAAAAGAAGAAAGUUUGACCAGAAGGUUAAUCGAGAAAUUAUAGCUGAAAUGAUAAUUACACAUGGUGCCCCAUUUAAUAUAGUUGAGUGGCAAGCCUUUAGAAAAUACCAAAAGUUCAUGAAUGAGGAAUGUAGGUGGAUUUCUAGAAAUACCAUUAAAGCGGAUGUAAUGGAAAUUUAUAAGGUUGAGAAAGAAAGGUUAAGGUCACAAUUGGCUCAAAUUUCAGGAAGAAUUUGUCUUACCUCUGAUUGUUGGACUUCAUGUACAAAUCAUGGUUUUAUUUCUUUAACUGCUCAUUUUGUUGAUGUGAAUUGGAACCUGAAUAAUAAAAUUCUCGCAUUUGCUCAUUUAAAACCACCACAUUCGGGACCUCAAUUAGCAUUGAAGGUGAUGGAACUUUUACGAGAAUGGGGCAUAGAAAGAAAAGUUUUUUCUCUCACUUUAGAUAAUGCUUCUGCAAAUGGUAACAUGCAAAACUAUUUGAAAGAGCACCUAGGAUUGUCAAAUAGCUUGUUACUUAAUGGAGAGUUCUUUCACAUUAGAUGUUGUGCACAUGUCUUGAAUCUUAUUGUUCAAGAUGGAUUAAAGGUGGCAAGUGAUGCAUUACAUAAAAUUAGACAAAGUGUGCAUUAUGUGAGGGCAUCAGAAAGUAGAACAAUUCAAUUUUUUCAUUGUGUUAACAAUGUUGAUGGAAUUGAUACAUCAAUUGGAUUGAGGACUGAUACCCCCACUAGAUGGAACUCCACUUAUAUCAUGCUUGAGAGUGCUAUUAAUUAUCAGCGUACCUUUUAUAGCUUAAGUUUGUGUGAUCCAAAUUACAAGUUAUGUCCGAGUAUUGUUGAAUGGAAAAGAGUUGAAGUAAUUUGUGAAGUUUUGAAGCCAUUUUACAAUAUUACAAAUUUGAUAUCUGGAUCUUCUUAUCCAACAUCAAAUUUGUAUAUAAGAGAAAUAUGGAAGAUAGAAUGUCUUUUGAAGUCAAAUUUGACAAGUGAAGAUUGUGUGAUCAAGAGUAUGACUAUAAAAAUGAGAGAGAAAUUUGACAAGUAUUGGAGCGAAUAUAGUACAGUAUUAGCCUUCGGGGCUAUAUUAGAUCCAACCAAGAAGCUAAUUUUUUUGUCAUUUGCAUAUAAACAAGUUGAUCCAUUAGAAGCUGAAGAGAAGUUGAAGAUUGUCAAGAAUGAUUUGUCAAGAUUGUAUGAAGAAUAUGUUAAAAAUGGUAGUCAUUCUUCUAAUACAAGACAUUCACAACAAGUUAAUUCUUCAUAUGGAGGAAACAAUGCAAAGAUGCCAAAAUCAUUGUAUGUAUGUGAAGAAUUUGAAGAGUAUGAAAGCCAAACAGUUAGUGCCGCGGGAACAUCCAAACUUGAUGUUUAUUUAGCCGAGCAAAGGCUUCCACCCUCAAUUGUUUUUGAUAUAUUAGCUUUUUGGAAGGAGAGAAGUCGAAGAUGUCCCGAUCUUGCAAAGAUGGCUUGUGAUGUAUUAAGCAUUCCAAUAACCACGGUGGCAUCAGAAUCUGCUUUUAGCAUUGGUGCUCGAGUUUUGAACAAGUAUAGAAGCUCUUUAAAAUAUGACACCGUUCAAGCUCUCAUGUGCACACGAAGUUGGCUACAUGGUUUUGUAGAAUAUGAUAUUGACAGUGAUGAAGAUGAAGAUAAGCGUGAAGUCAUUCGUCAAGAAAACCUCGAAUUUUCUGAUGGAACAAAUCAAUGA